GAUGCCUCGCAGGAUUGCUUUAGGCUGGUUUAUGACAGCGAGCUGGUUGAUCUCGGUGUGGCUCCAUCUCCAAGAGACGAAGACUGGCGCUUUGUGAAAGCUCCGAGUGUCGGAUGCACCGAUCCGAUUCCGCUUUUUCGGCGACGGAAUACUGAUCACAGACGGGCGAAUGUACACUCGCUCUUUCUUCGUACGGACCGCAAACGAGUGGAAGAGGCUUGGAAUAACCUGUUUGCUGUUUACCAAGACAUUUUGAACACAUGGACCAACCUGUAUAUGGCUUUGUUAAUUUUGCUUUGGACCUUCAAGAUGCUAGGGUAACUUCACCCAGGAUGCAGAAAUGAAUGUCAGAAGGCGAAGAUGAAUUUGAAGCUUUUAAAAAAACUUGUGUGGUGUUCACUGCUUGUCCUGCCGAUACUGAUGUUACUUGUCGGCUUUUACAAUCAGGAUAAAUUCUUAAUGAGAAACAGUAACCGAAUCACAACAUUGAAACCAGCGUGUGAAGCAAAUUAUUCUACAAAGAAGUGGAAUGCACAUAAUUCCAAUUUUACAAGGAAAACAAAACUCUUCUUGUCACUAACUGAUUUUUUCUGGAAGAAUUUCAACUCCACAAUGGCCUUGCCAUAUGGUUUAAAAGGAACUGAACAACUAAUGAUGAAAAUUCUAGCACAUAUUCCUUACUCUGAACCUCCUCGACACAUUCAGAGUUUGAACUGCCGCACCUGUGCUGUGGUCGGAAAUGGGUACACUCUGAAAAACAGCUCACUGGGAAGCAUCAUCAACAAACAUGAUAUUGUAAUUAGGUUGAAUGAUGCCCCUGUAAGGGGAUAUGAAGAUGAUGUCGGAAAUAAAACAACCAUGAGGUUGUUCUAUCCUGAAUCAGCAUCCACCAAUCCAGAGGAACACAAUACUCCUGACACAUUAAUGGUGCUGGUGCCCUUUAAGUUUAAUGACCUGAGGUGGAUUAAGGAGAUUAUUUUAGAUGAAAAAAGGAACCUAAAAGGGUUCUGGAGAAGCCCACCCCAGAUCUGGCAAGGUGACCUGAAUCAGAUCCGCAUACUUCAUCCUUAUUUCCUCUAUGAGACUGCAACCAAGCUGCUAAAUAUUCCUACCAAUUUCCCACCAAAGAGCAAACAGAAACCAGUUCAUCCAACAACAGGGAUUUUGGCCAUCCAGAUGGCUCUCCAUUACUGUGAUGUUGUUAACGUAGCAGGGUUUGGUUACCCAAAAACUACUGAUUUUGAUCAUCCGGUACACUAUUACGGUAGCAAUAAAAUGAAAUCCAUGAAGGAUUCCUCUCAUGACCUCAGUGCGGAGUCAAGAGCGCUGAAGACAUUGAUGGAGGCAGGUGCCAUUCAGUUGCUGAGACAGCCUUCUUGACACUGGAAAACUAAUGGACAAAAUUAAGGAAACACUAAAAACAUAAGUUGGACUAUACCUUUUUGUGGGAUUUGUACAAGCACUUCUCUUAAAUACUUCUCUGUUUAAUAUCUUUAAUACUUGAGGUUCAGCCCACUCUUUUCUAACUUGGACUGGGAGAGAGUUCACUGGGUAGAGGCAUCCAGUUUGCUACCUGGAAGUCACUUCAGUUUCAAGCAAGUGUUUAUACUUCUUUCAGAUUUAAUGUAGAUAUAUGCAAAUAUGAAAUCUACUACAAUCCAUUAUAGAAAGUCUAUAAAAAGUAUUGACCCCUCCUUGGAGUUUUUCAUGUUUUAUAACAGUAAAUAACAGUGUAUUUAAUAUGACUUUUUGACACUGAUCAUCAGAAAAAUACUCUUAUAUUUCAAAGUGAAAGAAAUGAUUACAAAUCAGUCUAAAUUUAUUGUAUUUAAUACAAAAUAAUUGAUUGCCUGAGUAUUUGUGCCCUUCGAUCGAUAUUUGUCGAUGGCAGCCAUGACAGCCUUGAGUCUGUGAGCUUUGGUUUCUUCCUGUUAGCUUUGCACAUCUAAACUCUGUCAUUUUUCCCCAUUCUUCUUUGCAAAACUGCUCAAGCUCAAUCAGGUCGCAUGGAGAACCCGAGUGAACAGUUCUUUUUUCCAAGUCCAGUUACACAUUCUCAAUUGAAUUGAGAUCUGGACUCAAAUCUGGGCCACUCCAGGACAUUAAUGUUAUUUUUAAGCCAUUCCUGAGUAGUUUUGCCUUUAUUUUUGGGGCCGUUGUCUUAACUCUCUUGCAGAAUGCAUCAGGUUUGCAGACUUUUUUACUCACUACCCUCACAAUUCCUACAGCUCUAUCAGCUGUUGCACAUCUGCUGUUGCAAUUAAAUGAGCAACUAUUUUCAAGUCAAACCAUACAUUUUCAGCUGGACUGAGGUCACAACUCCGAUUGACCACUAGGACAUUAAUGUUGUUAUUUAAGACUUUCCUGUGUAUCUUUUGCUCUAUGAAUUGGGUUGUUGUCUUGCUGGAAGAUAAAUCACAGAUCUAUUGCAGAGUUCAUUAGGUUUUCCUCAAAGAUUUCCCUGUAUUUAGUUGCACUCUCUUUACCCUCUCCCUUCAUAAUCUUUCCAGGGCCUGCUGCAGAGAAACGUCCCCACAGUAUGAUACUGCCACCACCAUGCUUGACAGUUCAGAUGGUGUGUUUCUGAGCUAUGUGGUGUUUGGCUUUACCCAAAUGUAGCAUUUAUUGUGUUGGCCAAAAUGCUGAGUUUUGGUCUCAUUAAAUCACAGAAUUUUCUUCCUGCUGACUUUAGACUCUGCCAUGUACCUUCUGGCAAACUCUUAAGAUGUCACGUGCAUUCUUUCAACAGUGGCUUCCUUUUUUGCCACUCUCCCAUAAAGCUGCAGUUGGUGACGCUCACGGACAAGAGUUACUGCCUGCAUAAUCUCCCCAACUGACCUAACUGAACUCCGAGGAGUGUUGAAUGACUUGCACAUUGUGUUAGAUCCAUGCCGUGACUGUCGUUUUCAAUAAUCUUGUUACGGAGUUGCCUUUUUGCACUAGUUGUUAUUAGGGCAGUGGCUUGGCAGCAGGUGGACCUUCCAGAUAUCAGUGUAGCAGAGUAACAGAACUUGAAACAUUGUGACUACAGACAUUGAACUAAUUCUGGUUUGCCUUCAUGAGUCUUUUCGUGUUAAUCAGUGUCAUAAAAGCCAGAUUAAAUGCUCUGUGAUUCAAUGUUGUAAAACAAUUAAACAUAAAAACGUCCAAAGGAGGAUGAAUGUUUUAAUAGGCAUAUAUUAAAUGCAUUGUUCUAUGGAGAACUGGUGAUUUUUAGUCACUUACAAAUUAACUAAUGGAAUAACAAGCUUAUUCCAUAAUUGUAUUUUUAAAUGAUUAAUAUAUUGCUUUUCAAUAUUUUCUUUUUAGUUUUAAGCUUAUUUGUAUUGUUUGGGUGUAAAUUGAAAUGAUUGAGUACUGUUCAGUAUCCAGUAUGGGUCCAUUUCAGCACAGCAAAAUGUGUUGUUGGAUUUAAAUUAUAUAAAAGUAUAAGUAGAUGUUUUUGGACUGUGCACACAUAUUCAAGAUGUGAAUUUCAGGAAAGAAAGAGGUAGGAGGCGUUUGCUUCUUUAUAGGCUCAACACGUGCAGCCUACUUAAUAAAUUACAUGCUACUAAAAAAAAAAAUCCAAGUGCCCAGUGCUACUGUAUUUUACUUAGCGUCACUUACAAGGUUACGAGUUUCUGGAAGUUCAGCCUCUUUUUGAGUUUUGAACACUGGUAUUACCUUAAUACCACGAUUAAAUUCACAGUAACAGAUUAAAAAAUAUGCAGUAUAUCAUUUGUACAACAUUUGUGUGGCAUUACAUAAAGGUAUACUGUUUAUUAUAGAAUAUGUUGUACAAUAGUAUUAGAAGGAAGAAAUAGUUGUUUACAUGACACCAUUCUCUGUAUUACAAUUGUAUUAAGAAGAAUGUGACCCUGAAAGAUUAAAAUCAAUAUCCUUUUACAUUUUUUUUUUAAACUUGUGUGUUCCCCUUGUCACUUUAUACAGUACAGGCAGCAUCAUUAGUUCUUCAUAGAGAUUGUGGAAGAAUAUAUGUUGAAAGGCAGAUAAUCAUUAUGUAAAUUAUGAGGCUGUAAAAUGAAUUUUAAUUUAAAGUAUGACUUCAUUUUUUUUCAUAUUCAUGCCAGUACCGUUUGUUGUAAUGUAUACUUUAUUGUGUAUGUGGUGUACAACUGUUGAUAUAAAUCACCUAUAUAUCAUUAAUUGCAUGGUGUCCCAAAAGCUGUGCAUUGCAAAGGGAAAAACGAUAAGCUUUGCCAUGUUUUUCCUUUUUGCACCUGAAGAAAAUGUUGACAUGAAAUUUGUUUGGAAAGAAUUAGACAUUAGAUCUGCUCCAGAAAAAUGAUUCCUUUUUUUUUGUAUUUUAUCUGUAAUGCACAGCUUUUGAAGAACCCUGUAUAGUAUAUAUUUUGAAUUGUGCAUCCAAUUAGAUUUACUUCACUCUUAAAAUUGUAUUUGAUGUCUAUAAUGCACACAAAUUCACAUUUGCAGAUAAAUACAUGGGCACGCCUAUAUGUUUGUGUGGUCUACUGUAUUUAUGUAUAUACAGAAGUAUCUAAAUCUAUAGUACACAUACUUUGAAUGUAUAUAUAAAAUACACUACAUUUAUAUAUAAACAUAAAUUCAUUGGGCUCGGAAUGUAUUCCGACUCCUUCACUUUUUUUCACAUUUUGCUAUAUCGCUGCCUCAACUCAAUUACAAUCAUAUUUGAAAAUUAUUUUUGCUUAUGUCAAGGACACUCAACCCAAAAUGACAAACUGCAAAAUCAAAAAAGGAUUUUAGGAAUUGUUGCAAAUUUAUUAAAAUUAAAUAUCUAAAAUUUCUCAUUGCAGAAGUAUUCAGACCCUUUCCUCAGCACUUAGUUGAUGCCCCUUUGACAGCGAAUAAAAUUUGGAGUCUUCUUGGUUAUAACACAACAACUUUCUCACACUUGGAUUUGGGAAUUUUGUAUCAUUCUUCUCUGUUGAUCCUCUCAUGCUCUGUCUGGUUGGAAGGAGACCUUCAGUGGACAGCUAUUUUUGUUCUCUCAGGAGAUUUUCGAUUGGGUUCAUUCCAAGAAUUAUCCCAAAGCUAUUCCUGUGUUGUUUAGGCUUUGUGCUUAGGGUUAUCAUCCUGUUGGAAAGUGACCUUUCAGCUCAGUCCGAGGUCCAGUGCACUCUGAAGAAGGUUUUCAUUAAGAAUAUGUAUGUCCUUUGCUCCUUUCAGAUUUCCCUCAAACCCAACUCGUUUUUCAGUUCCUGCUGCUGGAAAACAAUUCCACACUAUGAUGCUGCCACCGUCAUACUUCACUGUUGGAAUCAUUUUGCACACAUGAUGACAGUGCCUGUUUUCCUUCAGAAGUGACAUUUGGAAUUGAGGCUAAACUGUUGAAUCUUGGUUUUAUGAGACCAGAAAGACUUUUUGUCACAGUAUGAGAGUCCUUUAGUUUCCUUUUCACAAACUACAGCCGCGCUUUCAGCCAUCCAUCCAUUUUCCAACCCGCUGAAUCCGAACACAGGGUCAUGGGGGUCUGCUGGAGCUAAUCCCAGC